UGUCCGGCGAUAACUACACAAAAAGAUUUACUCAUGCCUUUUACGGCAUUUGUCUUCAACUGUGUGUGGGAUCAUUGAUUGAAUCUGUUUUCUAAUUUCAUCUCACGCUCGAGUUUAUCACUUCAAGCAACUCUAUCUCAAAUUACAGAUAUUAGUGUGACUGUCUCAGUGUGACUGUGACUGUCAAUAAAGCCAUUUAUUUCGCCACACUUUCGUGAUCACAAUCACUCCGAUUAUAACAACCGGUGAGUUUAGACAUUUACAGCCAGACAGGCAGAAGAAAAAGUAGAAAAGACUUAAAAUGUUUUACACCAAGAUACUUAUUACAUUACUGCUGAACGAAGUAUUGGUAUCGGAAAUGUUGACUUCAAGAGUUGAAUGGCCACUGGGCUCUUAUACAUUACCUAAGCCAAAGUCGGGAUGUCCGAACACUGCAAGUCUUACAUGGAAAGAAGCCUGGCGUUUUCAAGACUUAGAGAAUGACGCCAGACAAGAGUCAAACUUUUCCACGCACUUUCACAUGGAUGCAAAUUUAAGAAACAACGAUAUAAAGAGAUCGUUUUGUACAAGUCUUAACGAAAAUGUUCUAGAACCAUGGCCUAAAGGUUCCUACUGCAUUUAUCGAAACUCCAAUUACUGUCCACCUGAUAUGAAAGAGGGCUACAUCGAGUUCUUUGAUGAGCAAACCAACAAUUCAAACAAAAUUCAUAACUACUUUUAUUUACCAGACGGACUUUAUUUUGGUCCCUUCACAAGAUUACUCUUUUGCUGCAAAACCGCUGGCAGUUGGUAUCAGUCAAUCGAACUUCCCACAGAGAAUCCCUUUUACUUAAUGCCUUAUGGAUCACAAAACUGCCAAAGAGUGAAAGGAGCUAUUAGCUCUCUUGAGCACAUUAUUUACGAUACUGAAGAUAAUCAAAACUGGGAUGAAUAUACUGGAGCUCAUGCUCACUUGGAGGAACUGUCUCAGAGCUUGCUGAAAGUCUAUUAUUGUUAUUAUGAAGGCUGCCAACAUGACUUGAGACGUGAAAAUGGCUCAUUUUCAUCGACAAACUUUGCAAAUAAUUCCUAUCCAAAUUUCCAGCAGUGUUCUUGGUCGAUAAACGUUAAUUCAUCUCGACAUAUUUUGCUGGAAUUUUUAACGCUUCAUAUACCAAACUGCCACGAAAACUAUUUGGAUAUUUACGAAGGAAACAACACGCUAGUCCAAGCUGUAAGGUUUUGUGGUGCAAAUGCCACGUCUGGAGUGAAAUAUGAGUCAGCAACAAACCAUCUUAUCAUCUUUCUUCAGUCUGGCAACAAUUCUGCAUUUGGAAAUACUUUGAAAUUUCAUGCAAAGUAUGAAACAUUUUCCAAAGAAUCCUCUUUGGCUAGUGAAAAUAUGUCGAGCACAACAGCAUUUUUGUCACCUACGGUGCUCAGCGAAAACACGUCAACGGGUCGAGUCCCAUCAAGUGAUACAUCCACCCAGCUUAAAACCACAUCUUAUACCUUAAAAACAAGACACAGUACUGAAAAUCAGUCAAGAACAUCAACUUUUUGGUCACCUACAAUGCUGAGCAAGGAGACGACAUCGAGUCGAGUGCCAUCAGGCGAUACUUCCACGAAGCUUCAAAACACUUUUCCUGACUUAGACACACGAAUCCCAGCCAUACCGUCAUCUUCAGUUAGAAAUCAAAUAAAGAAGACUACUCAAGACUACAGAAGCACAACUGAAAAAAAUUAUGUCUUAGACAAAAAGUUUCACUUUUCUUUAGAAAGAAAGACAAUAUACAUAAUUGUUGGAACUUGUUCUUUAUUGGCUCUGUUCCUUAUUGUAGUGACUGGAGUGCUCUGUAUAUGGAAUGGGCGCAAAAAGAAGAGAUGUUUUCAUCUACAUCACAAAAACAAAUGCCAAAACAGCAUUCAGUACGUUUGAUGCACAACAUCGAAAUUCUCUUUAGUGCAAGAAAUUAUCCAAGUGGGCGUGAACUCGCAGAUUUGCUACUCACAAACAACGGAAUGCUUGGAAAGUUUUUAUCAUAAUAAAUCGUCUAUUAUUAUGAUCGCAACCUAAUUCCUUAAAGGACAUUUAUUAUAUUACUCCAUCAAAAUUACAAUUUCGAGAAAAUAUUAUAUGAAUGGCGCAUGUUCCAAACGUACUCUUGCAUACGUCACAGACCAUCAUCGAAAUGCCUAACAACGAAAAACAAUUUAUAAAAAAUGUAUUCAAUGAAACUAUUGAAAUAUAUUUCUUUAUGUAAAUAGAUUUUCAGCAUAAGUUACUUAUUGUACAAGCAUAUUAUGAAAGAAUUGUAAUUAUAUAUAUAUUUAUAAAUUAUGAAAAGAAUUUCUUUUACAGA